CUGAGCUCUGUUCCAGUGGUGUCCAGGCGGUGGUCCUUAGGGGAGUGGGUCACCAGGUCAUUUCUCUGGCCCUGCUCUGCCGGUGGCUCGCCCUCAAGGUCCUCAAUUUCCCCAGCUGAAGCCCAAAGCACCCACCUCUGGUGGCCCAGGUCCUUUCAGGCCUGGUUCUGGGGUGUGGGGUUCGGAGCCUGGCGGACCCAAGCCCUGGCUCCUGUCCAGCAGCGCUGUUUGCUUUACACUGGCCCAGGCCGUGUUCCGGGGAACGCCUGGCACUUCCUGGUGACAGUGACCCCUCCUACCACCUUGCCCUCCAGGAAACUAUUUCGCCUCACACUUUUUCAUGGGUGGUGAGAAAUUCGACACCCCACACCCGGAAGGCUACCUCUUUGGGGAGAACAUGGACUUGAACUUCCUGGGCCACCGGCCGGUGCAGUUUCCAUAUGUCACCCCUGCCCCCCACGAGCCAGUGAAGACCCUGAGAAGCCUGGUGAACAUCCGCAAGGACUCUCUGCGGCUCGUGAGGUACAAAGAGGACGCGGACAGCCCCACUGAGGAGAACGAGAAGCCUCGGGUGCUCUACAGCCUGGAGUUCACCUUCGAUGCUGAUGCCCGUGUGGCCAUCACCAUCUACUGCCAGGCCACCGAGGAGUUCCUGAACGGCAUGGCUGUGUACAGCCCCAAGAGCGCCGCCCUGCAGUCGGAGACGGUCCACUACAAGAGAGGGGUGGGCCAGCAGUUCUCCCUGCCUUCCUUCAAGAUAGACUUCUCGGAGUGGAAGGAGGACGAGCUGAACCUCGCCCUGGACCCGGGCGUGUUCCCAGUGGUGGUGCAGGCCGUGGUGGACGAAGGGGACGUUGUGGAGGUGCCUGGCCAUGCCCACGUGCUCUUGGCUGCCUUUGAAAAGCAUGUGGACGGCAGCUUCUCCGUGAAGCCUCUCAAGCAGAAGCAAAUCGUGGACCGGGUCAGCUACCUGCUGCAGGAGAUCUAUGGCAUUGAGAAUAAGAACAACCAGGAGACGAAGCCCUCCGACGACGAGAACAGCGACAACAGCAACGAGUGCGUGGUGUGCCUGUCAGACCUGCGCGACACCCUGAUCCUGCCCUGCCGCCACCUCUGCCUCUGUAAUUCCUGCGCCGACACCCUGCGCUACCAGGCCAACAACUGCCCCAUCUGCCGGCUGCCCUUCCGGGCCCUGCUACAGAUCCGCGCUGUGCGGAAGAAGCCCGGGCCCCUAGGGUCCCCCGUCUCCUUCAGCCCUGUGCUGGCCCAGAGCGUGGACCACGAAGAGCACUCAUGCCCCUUUAAAAAACCAAAGUCAAGCCCUGCCUCCCUGGCCAGCAAGAAACCCAAAAGGGAAACCAGCCCCGACAGCAUCCCACCAGGCUACGAGCCGGUCUCCCUGCUGGAAGCGCUCAAUGGCCUGCGGGCCGCCUCCCCCGCCGCCCCCUCAGCCCCCUUGUACGAGGAGCUCACCUACUCGGGCGUGUCUGAAGGCCUCUCCCAGGCCAGCUGUCCGCUGGCCGGUACCGAGCAGAUGGUGGACAGCGGCCACCAGAAGGGCAAGCCGAGGCCCAGGUCUCCCGACAGCACCCUGCGUUCUCCAUCCUCCCCCAUCCACGAAGAAGAGGAAGAUGCUCCACCCGCACUGAGUGGUGCCGAAAGUAGCUCCCCUGAGAGCUUUGUCAUGGACGAGGUGGGAGAGCUGUCAUCGUCCCUUAAGCCAGAGAGCCAGGCCCCGUCCAUCGAGAGCGUCCUGCAGGACGGCAGCCCUGAGCACCGCGCCCUCGGCCCACCUGCCGACAUCUACCUGCCAGCCCUGGGCCCCGACUCCUGCUCUAUUGGUGUCGAGGAGUAAGCUGGAUGCUCGGCCUCUCUGGAGAUGCCCCUCGGCACCACUGACCCUCCCUGGCCUCCGCUGGGUGGCCCCAAUCCUGACCUCGGGCCCACUGAGCUGACCCACUUCUGAGAGCUGGCCCAGCUGCAGGAGCCCUCGGCUCCCGGCCUCCUGUCUGCACGUGCCCGCAGCCAGCGUUCUGAUAGCCAAGCACACAGGCUGCCCCGCCCUCUUCUGAGGCCAGCGUGUUGUACCUGGCUGGUACAGAUGAAGGACAGACAGCAGCUUCCUACCUGUUUCCCCGGACCUGCGGGGAAUCUGGCUGGGAGGGCAGGAUGUGGGCUUGGGGCCCACCUGUCAUGCGUGGUUCCGCUGGGCGGGGGGGGGUUUGAUGUUGUCUUGGGUCUCCCCUGGGGCCACCACUCACUCUGUUCCCCUCCUCCUCCAACUCGGUGGGCUAGGCCCUCCAGGUAGCCAGUGGUGUGGAGGUGGGGUGGGAUACUGUGUUCGAGUGGAAAUGAUGGCCCUCCCAUUCGAGUCUCAGAUGUCUCCAUGUGGGAGCCUCCCCUCAGUCUGCCCACCCUGGGAGGCUUUGGUCCCCCCCCCCACGCCCCUCCCAGUGCCAUGCCAGCAUUCCCGUGUAUUUCUGCCUUGUUGUCUAGGGCCCCUGGAGGCCCCCUGUGAUGUUUUAAAAAGAGUCUUUCAACAGCAGAGGUGCUGCUAGCCAAGAGCUGCCCUGCAGGACUUCCAGCCAGCCGGGGUCCCCAGGCUCUAGAUUACAAGUGUCCUGGGUCCCCACCCCCACCUGUGGAUCAGGACAGCAGGGGCUCCAACAACUCCUGCCAGACUACUCUGCCCAUGGACCCCUCCUGCUACCACCCCUUCCCACACACCUCCCUCACCCACGUGCAGUCCCCCUUCCUCACCGGCGGGCGGGCGGGGCUAGAGCUGGCGCUAUGAAUGGUGUGCUCGCCCUGGAUCGUCUCGUGUUAUCACUUGAUGUACUCUGGUUAGGUUUUUGUUUUUACUGUAUAUUUAUAGUAAUAAAAUCAUGCAGCAAUA